CGCAAAUUUCAACCGACUUUUUGAAGACAGUUUGGGUCAGCCGAUUACCUGCCGGCAUUCAAACAGUCUUGGCUGGACAGACUUCUACCACAAUUGAAGCGAUGGCGGAUAUAGCAGAUAGGAUCAAUGACCUUGUUCCCUCGACACCCCAGGUGGCAUCAACCAGCCGACAGAGUGAGAAUGUCGAGUUGGCCAGGGAGAUCGCUGCUUUACAGGAAGAGGUCUUACAGCUGGCCCUCAGACAACGAAGCGGCAACUCAAGCAGCAGGUCCCGACUACGCGAUCGUCAGCAUUCUUCGUCGAGAUCCCAAUCCAGCUACCGGCGCCACCCAGUCUGCUGGUACCACUUUAAAUUCGCCGAUAAGGCGACUAAGUGCUGCCCUCCAUGUAACUUCAAGUCGGAACAACUCCAGAGGCAAUCGGUAACGACGACCGACGAUUGCCCCUCUUCAACUGGUCGCCUGUUCGUCACCGAUCGCAAAUCUAAGACACAGUUCCUGGUCGACACUGGGAGCGACCUCUGUGUCUUCCCGUGGUCGCUGCUGCGAGAGCGUCGUGCACGGACUACGUAUCAGCUAAGUGCCGCCAAUG